AUGUUCCUCACAGUCAAGCUGCUCUUGGGCCGGAGACGCAGCCUGAAGGUGUCAGGGUAAGGGAGCGUAGCCUCGCUGAAGAAGCUGCUGUCUGAGCGGCUGCAGGUGCCUGAAGAGCAGCAGCACCUGCUCUCCCGCGGCCAGCUCCUGGCCGAUGACAAGUGCCUCUCGGACUACUGCAUCGGGCCCAAUGCCUCCAUCAAUGUCAUCAUGCGACCCUUGAAGAAUAUGGCACUAAAGGAGGCCCACCAGCCCCAGCCUCAGCCCCAGCCCCAGCCCCAGCCCCUGUGGCACCAGCUGGACCGGGUCCUGGCUAAACACUUUGAGCCACAGGAUGCCAAGGCAGUGCUGCAGCUGCUGCGGCAGGAGCACAAGGAGCGCCUGCAGAGGAUAAGCCUGGAGGACCUGGAGCAGCUGGCACGGUACCUCCUGGCGGAGGAGCAGAGCAUGGGGCCGGCAGGGGAGCGCGAGCCCGAGGCUGUGCCUCAGAGCCCCUGCAACAUGGAGGAGGAGGAGGAGGCAGCCAUGGUGGUAGCUGAUCAGUAA